CCAAGCCAGCCGCGCGGCACCCAGCCGAGCCCCCAACUCCGAUUCGUGCCAACCACCGAAAAACUCCGCAACGCCGCGUCUCCCUGAACCCAAAACCCUCCAGUUUCCAACCCGAGUGGCGAGUGUUUCUCCAUCUUGCGCGCGAUUUGGGGCGACACGCUGUCCGCGAUCCCGCUCGGGCACGUGACGAGACAUGUGGUGAGUGCAUUUCGGGUUCCCGUUCGUGAGAACGAGUGACGUCAGUGCGUAACAAAUCGUGGGCGUGCGUGCGAUCGUGGAAAUCGCGGGGUUGACUGGGACACAGGGGAGGAAACAAGGGGUGUGAAAUUGAUUCGGAGGAUCGAGUUUGGGUUUGAUCCGGGAAGGACACCUGAGCCGAUCCGUGGACGCCUGGCGGCGUGGGCUGAGGGCUUUUAGGUCAUUCCCCCGGUUUCUGGAUCAAUCGGCUGUGGUGUGUCCUGUGUCAUCAUUUCACCCUAUAUUUCGGUGGCGGGGUCUUGAAAUUCGCCCCUCCGUCGCUGGCUAUCGGCAAAACACUACCUUGGAAACUGCCGCGCGAUGCGCCACAAAAUUUAACGCGUCCGCUUUUCCACAUGCUCAGGAUGUGUGUGCCACGUCCUAGGUGAAACCUGGUUUGACUCGCUCGAGAGGUCCGUCGCGUAGUGUUGUGCACUUUCGAAACAGCAGUUUGGACCGAGAAUGAGAGUGAACAUCGUCUGCAAAUAUCUCUCGACGAAAACCAUUCGCAACAAUUUCCUGCUGCCCCACCUCCACUACAACAGCUACUGCUUCCCGUUUCGCCUGCAGCUCUACCAAGUCUCAGAGAAAGACGCCGCUCCCUCGGAAUAAACAAAAUACCGGAGGGAGGGUAGUAGGUAAAAUAACCCAAACACGCCUCGUCUGAAAACAAGACCUUCACAUUUCUCCUGGCGUUCCAGAUCGCCUGCACAUUAAACAUCUGAGGAGAUUUGGAAAAAAUUUCCCACGGCUUUCCGCCUUUCGUUUUUGAAGCUUGAACAUUAUACGCUGUAGUGAGUGAGAUUGUUAUCUCGUUCCCACCCAAAAAAAACAAAAAAAACUUUACAAGUCCUUUUAUUCCCUGAUGACUCUCUGACAAAGUCAAAUCGUUCGAUUUACAAUAAAAGUUUAUCGUAUUUUCGGCCGGCUCCGCUCAUCUUUCCAAACUCCUCGAAUCUGCUCAAAUUGCCUCAUCGUCUGAGUCAAAUUCUGAAUCUUGAAGCCUUCAUCCAAGACCAACACCUCAUAUUGGCGCCCAAUCAUCUAUCGAUGUGCAUAAAUGUCACUUAUCUGAAAACAAUUACAAGUUUACAGAAGCGCAUAAUACCUCUUCGACAUGGUACAUCCAGCCCUUAACUCUAAAAUUGAUUCAUAAAGGUAUCGACAAAACCUUUUUUGAUAGAGACUCGACCAAAAUUGCCAGCUCUCUAUAAAGUUGUCUGUUCCAAACCGCACAAGAAGCAUUUCAUUAAAUUAACCUUUUUCACGUUUCAAGUAACCAAAGUACACUCCCUUCACUAUCGUUCAAUUAUUCUGCGGUUCAAACAUGUGCCAUUAAUGUUCAGAACCUUCAUUACUAAGUUUCGCCUUCAAUCACGCAUGAUACAAGUUCAUCGACAUCGGAGUUAAAACAGUUGUAUCGUCGCUAAUCGUGAGCGAUAUUCUCCUCGUUAAAAAAAAGUGGUUACUGUUGAUUUCACGCUAAAAUUAAAGGAAGAAUUUUUUACGGAAAGAUAACAAUGAAAGCAACGGCCUAGAAUUAGGUUACCACAGGCACAAGUUUCGAAAUCGUUGCGUAUCAAUUUGUGACGCAUCUCGACAGCGCGGCACAAUAUAUUUAAGUUUGCGGUUAAAAGCUCCUGCGACAGGCGGCUAAAAUAGGAAGCCUGAACGGGAGGUACACCCACGCAGUUGGUCAGUCAGCGUCUGGACAGAGCGACGUUUAAAAAUAGCCAGCAGGUGGAAACCCAACACUGACGUAACGGAAAAGUUACUCGACGCAUCUUCAAGUUUAUCGCCACCCGGGAGCUUUCGGCUUUCAUCGUAAACAGACGCACUCUUGGACGGAGCUGAAACUCAAGUCAAGGUGAAAGCUCGACUCAGUCAGUAGUAUCCCGUGGCUUUCAGACCGCGGAAACUGACCAUGGAGCCGAGCAUCAAGUUCACAAAACACGUCGCCACGUUUGUCCGAUAGUGCGAAGCCUCUCACUCUCUCAGUGUUUUAACGUAUCUCAACGUGCGUAAAGAAUAUCAAACCAUAUCAAGUCCAUCGUUUCAACGACGUUGAAGACUCAGCAAUGAUACGGAGGUUAAGGUAACGCCUCUAGAAUCCGUUAUCGAGCUAUUCCAUGCUGUUUUUAGUAUUUCAUUAGAAUAUGGAGUGGCGUUUUCUGUAGGGAAGCACUGCUUCCCCAGAUAAGUGAAUUACCGUUCGACACACAGCUUCUUCUUUACGGAGCUGAAUUUAAAAUUGUUAGUUUGAAGUUUGAACGCUUCGUGGACGUUGAAGUCCUCAAAUUGGAGGACGGAGGAUGUUUUUGGCCUAUUUAGGAAAUUGAAGGCUAAAUACCAAUGAGUGUGACCCCUUGGUGUUGACUCUAAAUUUUGAGUCAGAAAAGGUUGCUGGCUAUGAACUGCGAGAUUCGGGGUAGCUGUUGCUGGUGAGGACGAUGGCUCGGCUUUCGGUGGUGGUGUGGUUGAGCUGCCUGGCUGUGGGUUUGGUGGCCGCGGGUCGGAUCCCGGCGCUGAACCCGCAGCUGAACGAUGCCCUGGACGCCCGCGACUACCGCUUCAACGAGGAUCUCGGCUCGGACGAGGGCAUCGCCGCUGCGGCCUCGACGGAGGAGCCUGGUCAGGGACACCAACCCCUCAAAAGAUACCCCGUCUUCAACGUGGAGUUCGCCCGCAUCGAGACCCCUUUCAUCAUCGGGCUCUGGAUAUUCUGCGCCAGCUUGGCCAAAAUAGGGUUCCACAUGUCGCCGGGCCUCAGCAAGAUCUUCCCGGAGUCGUGCCUGCUGAUCACGGUCGGGGUGGCCAUCGGGCUGUUCCUCUUCGUGACGAGCUCCCUGCACAUCUCGCCGCUGACCCCGGACACGUUCUUCCUCUACAUGCUCCCGCCGAUCAUCCUCGACGCCGGCUACUUCAUGCCCAAUCGACUCUUCUUCGACCACAUCGGCACCAUCCUACUCUUCGCCGUCGUCGGCACCAUCUUCAACACUCUCACCAUCGGUGUCUCGCUGUGGGCGGCCGGGCGGCUGGGCUGGUUCGGGCUGGAGACGCCUCUCCUGGAGAUGUUCCUGUUCUCGGCCCUCAUCUCCGCCGUCGACCCCGUUGCUGUUCUCGCCGUCUUCGAGGAGAUCCACGUCAACGAGAUCCUCUACAUCGUCGUCUUUGGCGAGUCCCUCCUCAACGAUGCCGUCACUGUCGUGCUGUACCACAUGUUCGACGCGUACACGGAGAUGGGCCUGAACAAGCUGAUGGCCCGGGACCUGCUGGCCGGGGUGGCCUCCUUCUUCGUGGUGGCCAUCGGCGGGACCGUCAUCGGCAUCGUCUGGGGCUUCAUGACCGGCUUCGUGACGCGCUUCACCAACGAGGUCCGCGUCAUCGAGCCCAUCUUCAUCUUCGUCAUGGCCUACAUGGCCUACCUCAACGCCGAGAUGUUCCACAUGUCCGGCAUCCUCGCGAUUACGUUCUGCGGGAUCACGAUGAAGAACUACGUGGAAGCAAACAUAUCGCACAAGUCGCACACGACGGUGAAAUACGCGAUGAAAAUGCUGUCCAGCUCCUCGGAGACGGUCAUCUUCAUGUUCCUCGGCGUCGCCACCGUCUCCGACUCCCACCACUGGAACACACCAUUCGUGCUUUUGACAAUAACUUUCUGCUCUCUUUACAGAGCGCUUGGGGUGGUGCUGCUCACUUCGUUUGUAAAUCAUUUUAGGUUAUAUAAGUUAAAUAGAGUAGAUAAAUUUGUGAUGUCCUACGGUGGCCUGAGAGGCGCGGUCGCCUUCGCGCUUGUGCUUCUCAUCGACCCCAAGAGGGUCAAACUUCAGCCUAUCUUCGUUACCACGACCAUUGCCGUCAUUUACUUCACCGUCUUCAUACAGGGUAUAACGAUUAAGCCUUUAGUCAAAGUUUUAAAUGUUAAAAGAGCCAAGAAGCGGAAACCAACGAUGAACGAGAGGAUCCAUGAAAGGAUAAUGGAUCACAUGAUGACGGGUAUUGAAGACAUUCUGGGUCGUCACGGCGAUCAUCAUGUAAGAGACAGGUUUAAGAGAUUUGACAACCAGUUCAUCCGACCGUAUUUGCUUCGAAAUCAUCAAGGCGCUGAACCGAAAAUCCUAGAAACAUACUCUAAACUUGCAAUGAAAGACGCUAUGGACUACAUGCGCAAAAUCCCCUCCACCAUCGGAAAUAUUUCGGGCACGGAGUCCAUGUCUGCGAUAUUUAGGAACUACACGUCAGGCAAUUUGAACAGCAGUUCGAGUUAUCCGCAGUUGGAUGCCAGUACGUGGAAUAUCGAUUUGCAAGAGCUGGAGUACAACCCAUCGAAAAAGGAUUUGACGGACGCUAAAAUCCAUCAUCUUUUAUCGGAGGAAUUGGUUCAGCCACAUAGGCGGCAUCGAAGGCUAAGCUACAGCAGGCACACAGUGGACGACAGGGAUCUGUCGUCUCAACCAGUCAAUUACAGAAUGCACAUGAAUAUUCGGAGAGUGAUGGGCGACCAAAGGAAGCAUCAUCAUAAGAGAAGUAAAAGACUGAAGGAUGGGAAACAGAAUCACGUCAGUUUUCCUGGUAUACAACAAAAUGGUUCUGCUAAACAGUUCACUCAUGAUUACAUAGAUGAAGUAUUACAAGAGACUGAAGACAAUGAAGAAAAUGCGAAAGAAGACUGGGAGAACGGCAUUACGUUCACAGCAAAACCAUCUCAUGAGUUGCCUUUUGAAUUAAACAACGCGGCGAAGAAACUUGUCAGAGAAUAUACAAUGAAUGGUCCCUCUGGCGGUGAUUCGAGUCGAGUGACAACACCAACUGCUCUAGAGAAGAUGCUGCCAUGGAAACGAGGCGACAAUGUUGGUGAGGUGGACACAGGACCGAUCAAACAGAACGAGUUCCCUGCCUGGUGUUCCAAUAAAGAAUACCUUGCCUACAGCUCACCCUCUGCCACUUUUCUUGGGUUGUUCCGGCGGGAGAGCAGUGUGACGAACGAGUCGGAGGGAUCCCUGAACCAGGUGGAGGGGAUGGCGCCUAACUCGCCUUCGUCGGUGCUUCUCAUCGAGGAUAACGGAUCUUCGGGAGCGAUGCUCAUCAGCCCGAACAAGAGCCGCCGCAUCCUCACCCCUCGCAGGGGCUCCAUGCUCGAACUCAGCCCCGACGCUAUCCCCGAAGAAGAGUUACUUACAGUGAGCGGUUGCGGUUCGACGGCUUCGCUUUCGGAGCGGUGGAGCCUGCGGCCGGUGAGCCGGGCCUCCUCGAAAGUGCGUCAACUCUCCCUGCCGAGCACGCUCAACACCUCCUCCUUCGACACCUCGAGCGAUUCGGAUUCCGACUCCCCGGAGGCCCCCACGGACCCCCACGCUCCCCACGCCCCCGACCCCCGGCGCACACCUCCUAACCUCGAGGAAUAACAAUUAUUAAACGAGAGUUUCUUCCAUCAGCUGGAAACCGAUUACCCACGCACGCCCCCCUCUCCCAAUCCACCCCCGCCCCCGCCUCCCGCGUCCAACGGCCAAGGAGGCGGCACCAUGGUUUAACCCAAACAGCUUCCCAAAUGUGUGUCACAUGCAUAGAGUACAACUGGACCGCAUUUUGCAAUUUGGAACUAUAAAUUCUGGCUCCUC